AUGUCUCUCAGGAAAACGACUGAUGCCGAAAAAAGGUAUCGUACCAAAACCGAGGGAGGACGAUCAAUGCAUGAAGAGGAUGUUUUCGAAAAAACGGACAAUCAUUGCCCAUUCGACAGCCCUAGUGAGCAGGCGCUAUGGGAGUUCUUCGACAAGACCCCAGUGACACUCCCUUUCAAAGAAGGAGAGAGUUGGAAAGAGGUUGGAGACGACGACGAUGUCCUGUCUUUGGAGGCGAACAUGGUGGCUCUUACAAGCUCUUACAUUCCGAUGCCAAUUCCUCCCUAUCUAGGAGGGCUUCGAGUCGGAUAG